CCCAUCGCCCACACCGCCGUCCGCCGCCCCGAUCUCUUCUUCUUCCCCUUGUUAUUUUUUCCUCUCUGUUCUCCAGAAAUCCGGCAACAACAACCAACUUUCUUCUUCUCCCAUUCACUAAUACCAAGCAUCAAGAGUAGUAAGCUUGUCUUUCCUCUCCUCACAGCAGCAACAGCGAUUUCAGCCGUCGCUCUCCGUCUCCCUCUCCUUCUCUUCUCAAGAGCAGCACCUUGCUCUUUUUGUUUUCUUUUCCAGCCAAGCACAGCAGCCGUCGGAGUUAGCCAGGGCCGACGGUGGAUCCCGUCGAAGCUCGCCGAGGCCAUCGGCGAAAAGGAGAAAGGUUCAGACAUUGGAGAUAGCUGAUAGCUCGAUUAUUGGCCAGCACAACUCUGCUUAGUGGUUGGUGUCACAGUCUGCAAGAGAAGCUAUGCCACGACCAGAGCUCCAAGCCCCGCCAGAGAUAUUCUAUAAUGAGGUGGAGGCACGCAAAUAUACAACUUCAUCUCGCAUCAUUGAAAUCCAAGCAAAGAUAUCUGAGCGAGCACUUGAACUCCUUGCCUUGCCAAAUGAUGGCAUACCUAGGCUUCUUCUAGAUAUUGGCUGUGGAUCUGGACUUAGUGGUGAAACUCUGUCUGAAAAUGGGCACCAUUGGAUUGGCUAUGAUAUUUCAAGUUCAAUGUUGGAUGUUGCAUUAGAGCGUGAAGCAGAGGGUGAUCUUUUGCUUGCAGAUAUGGGCCAGGGCUUAGGCUUACGGCCAGGAGUUGUUGAUGGUGCGAUCAGUAUUUCGGCAGUCCAGUGGUUAUGCUAUGCUGACAAGUCCUCACAUGAGCCAAGAAUGAGGCUAAAGGCAUUUUUUGGCUCAUUAUAUCGAUGUUUGGCUAGAGGGGCAAGAGCUGUAUUACAACUUUAUGCAGAAAACAGGGAUCAAAAUGAGAUGAUCUCGACUUAUGCCAUGCGAGCUGGUUUUUCUGGUGGUGUUGUUGUUGAUUGGCCGCAUAGCUCAAAAGCACGGAAAGAAUAUCUGGUUCUUACUUGUGGUCCACCCUCAGCUCAAACUUACCAACCGAAGGGGAAAGGUGAAAAUGGUGAGCUGUGCAGUGAAGAUAAUGAAAGCGAUGCUGACACUGAUGACAGCCAAAUGGUUGAUGUAUAUGAUCGAAACCGGCCAAGGAAGAAAUUGAAGGUAAAGAAGAAAGGGAAAGGUAGAGAAUGGGUGUUGAAGAAGAAGGAACAGAUGAGGAAUAAAGGAUAUAACGUUCCUCCUGAUACCCAGUACACUGCUCGAAAGCGCAAGGCUCGAUUUUAACCCUUCUUCCUCUUGAUGCCCAGUACACUGCUCGAAAGGUCAAGGCUCUAUUUUUUCUGUUAGCUUCGGAUCAUUAGAAACCGCAUAAUUUUUUACUAGGACAAUUUAUUGUAAUCAUACAUUGUCUGUAGCUGUUGUGCUGUGUUUUCGUGCACAAGGUUUUGCACUGCAAUGGAAGGUUAUUAUACCUUUUUUUAUAUAAAAAAAACUAUUAAAUAGAGCACGUUUAAUCAGGGAAUAAAUUUUAUAAAUAAA